AUCUGGUAGUCACUCGUGCCGUGUUUUAUUCGCAACUAUGUUACGUGUAAUUGUGUUCAGUUUAUUUUUAUAUUCCUUUGGCACGUGUUAUCCGCAUUUAUUUGAAACAAAACACUUCAAAGUUGGAAUUGAAUAUGAUCGAUCGCUGCCGAUGAGCGGAGGUUCGGACCGAUAUAGGCAUAGGAAUAACUAUGAUCCCUUCUUUGUAACCGUCACCGCAUCUGCGAAGAAAGGCUACGUGAUGUCGUAUUUAGAAGUGUCGGCGACAACUGAUGCCUUAGCAGACGUGAAAUUCGAGCUGAUCCGCGGCAAGACGGGCUCCAGGAAUAUGGUCUUCCAGCUAGUCUCCAACCACAGCGAUUUUCUGGCAUACUCCUAUAUGGCUUACGGCAUUCGGGAAGAGGAGUACAAAAAGGUCACAAACAUGGUAACACUACCGAUACAGAACCAAAGCUAUGCAACGAGAUUCAACUGUUAUUUACUUUUAUUAAAUUUACUGUUUAUUAAGUUAAUUAUGUAGUAAAUAAUAUUAAAACAA